CCGACGCAAGCUGUGUGCAUCUCUUUCGAUACACCGUCGCACUUGCGAUUUUUUUCUUCUACAUGAUCGUGUGAACCAUGAGCUUUCCUAGCGACUACGUCCCGAGAACCUCUGUUCAAUCCACAUACCAUAAGAGUUCUCACGAGGACAAGUACGUCGCAGAGCCCUUUCCAACAGCAGUUCGAGCACUCAAAGAUGGUGCUGCGUCUCAUGAGCAUACAAGGACGCUCGUAAUUUGUCUCGAUGGGACUGGCGAUCAAUUCGACAACGACAACAGCAACGUCGUUCACUUCGUCUCCUGCCUUAGGAAGCACGACCCCUCGAAGCAAGUGACAUACUAUCAGUCGGGCAUUGGCACUUACGAUGCUGGAGGGCUUCGCAAUGGAAUGGCGGCCGCUAUUGACAUGGCUGUAGGAAGUGGACUCGGGAUCCACAUCAAGGAUGCUUACAAGUUCUUGAUGCAGAAUUAUCGUGAUGGUGAUAAGAUAUGCCUAUUCGGCUUCUCUCGUGGUGCUUAUACCGUUCGCUGCCUAGCUGGCAUGCUUCACAAGGUCGGCCUUCUACCUGCCAGUAACGGUGCUCAAGUAAAUUUUGCGUAUUCAUUCUUCAAGGAUGACACGGUCGAAGGAUGGAAAAUGAGUGCGCAGUUCAAGAAGACAUUCUGCACGAAUGUCAACGUCCACUUCGUAGGUGUUUGGGAUUGUGUCGCAAGUGUCGGUUUCAUUCCUCGCAAGCUCCCUUUCAGCAAGUCUCCUACAAACUCGAUCCAUUUUUUUCGGCAUGCAAUGGCCCUUGAUGAGCAUCGUGCGAAGUUCAAACUGUGCCAAUGGCAACAGCAGAAUCCAGCAGUGCAAAGAAAAGACACCAUCGACAACACACCACGAGGAAAGCUGGAGCGCGAGGUGAGGAAGUAUGGCAUAUUUAGCAGUAUCAGGAAGAAUAAAGCCACCGAGGGCGUGGUUUCAGACGGCUUAGCAAAGAGAAGCAAUACCGCUGAGAUUGAUCACUACGACAUGGAGGCAGAAUUCGAAAAGUUGGACGGGACGCGCAAAGCUCAUCAGCGUGCUAUAACAGAUGCUAAAGAGUGCUACUUCAUGGGAGCUCACGCUGACGUUGGGGGCGGCGCAGUACCCAACGAGACACGCCACAUGCUAUCUCGUAUUCCCCUUCGCUGGAUGAUCCGGCAAUGUUUUGAAUGCGACACUGGCAUUUUGUUCAGCACAUCUGCCCUGGCGGAACAAGGAUUGGAUCUUAGUACUCUCUGGCCAGAUUACAAACCCACAGAACGACCUAGGACUGGCCCAUCCUCAACUCUUUUGGAAAAAUACGAACAAGGUGCAAUACCACCCAUAACACGUCGUUCGACUGCAUUAGGUCUAGACGACUCAACUCAGCACGACCGUGCGAACAUAGGUAGUCUCGAUCUACUCCCGGAGCAAAUGGAAGACUAUCUUGACUCUAUGGCGGGUAUUAACGACCAGCUUGUGCAGGCGAAGGGAUGGUGGAUUUUGGAGCUAUGGCCAGUGAAGGUGCGGGUGCAACUAAAAGAUCAGGACGGCUGGGAAAAGAAAGUCCGCAUGAAUUUAGGAAGGUACAGAGCUGUCAGAGAAAUGUCCCCUAAUUUACAUUGGACAGUCCAGGACAGGGUGGAGAAGGACCAGUACAAACUAAGGUGCAGACAUAAUAGUAAUGCGAAGUGGAACGUCAUCGCGUAGGUAUGGACUGGCAAGAGUACAUUGGUAGCCUUGGAAACGUGUAGCUGAGGGGUAAUAGGAUUCGUUGAUAGUUUGAAGGAGUCUUGUAUUCACGUGUACGCCCAGUAUGGCCGACAAAAGCACUCGAUAAUGGAGUAAUACCUUGCAAAGUUGAUCUACGUAGACGGUUUCACGCGUAUAUAAAUCGAGUAAGUAGAGGAGUCUCAGCAGUACAGUUUAGAGACAGAGGGGAC